GACUGGCCCGGGGGUACCUUUGGCCUCAAGUCUGGCGACAUGUCCUGGAUGGUCCUGGAUGGCAACUCCACUCAUAUGGACACCUCUCUAUCUGCUACAGACGGCGGCUUCACCAUGGACCUUGGUCCCGAGAUGUACAAUAUGCCCUUGCAGCCACACGACGCAAUCCCCUUCGGCACCAUCAUCCCCUCACAAAUUUCGAACACGGCUCUUGACGACGUCGCGUCGGGCAUACACUCGUGGCUAAUGUCCGUAGCCAGCCAUUCUGCUAGCGCGUCGAUACACACUAGCCCUGGGGAAAUUAUGCCGGAGCCUUCGAC